AUGAAAACCUUGAAGGCAAUGAAUAUAUCCCACAGUCCAUCCAACAGCGAUUUGUGGGCAGAUUUAUUCGAGCAAUGGUUACGUGAUGCAGAUGAGCUUCUAGAUGAUGACGAAGAUCCACCGGCUUUCGAUCCGUCAGAAAUUGGAGCGACGCGCUGUUUGGCCGUUGAAGAGGUGGCUACAGUGCAAGGUUUUUAUCAAAACAUAACUUGUACUCCGCAGCCUGACGCAUUCAAUCCGUGCGAAAAUAUAGUAGGGUAA